GGUAUUCUGAAUCAUAGACAUUAUUAGAUUUGCCAGACUUGUAGACUCCACAGAUUCUUCGUCUGAUGCAGUCUUUGGUUUAUUUUCUUCCUGGGGUCUUUUAGUACAAGUGGUUUCAGAUGAUCAACACACAUCAAACCCAAACUGCAGAGUGAAGCAGGGAUUGGUGCGCGCUCCUGUCGCUGUAAAGGGAGCGCGCUCGCCGCAUUUAAAGCUGUCACAUCUCCUGCGUCAUUACUACACGCUGCCUGUCUGAGUGGAGUUUACAUUCAGGGCACGGAGCGACAACACACACUUACACACACACACACACACACACACACACACACACUCUGCAGGAGCACAGCGCCAUGGCGUCUGCCAGUGUAGUGGGGCAGCACCCGGGUCAGCACCGGCUGGACUCGGACCCGCCGCUCUUUGUCUUCAAACUGACCGGCGUCAGGAAGAAGAUCACCCCGCCGAGGAAACCGUCUCGGGAGAAGCUGAUGUUCAGGAGGAGGUCGGGCAGCGGCGGGGAGAGCGGGUCUGUCCCCGGUGUGGAGGGAGCGGGAAGUCAAGCGGGAGAAGCGCCGCUGAGGGGAGGAAUGAUGCCCGGGGAAGGAGACGGAGCUGCGCCACGUAGCCCGGACCAGGAGGGCAGCGGAGGCUGCGACAGGCGCGGGGCCCGGGACAGUCCAACACGGAUCAUCACCGCCGCUGACCGCAACCUACACUGUGUCACCGGUAACAAUAAUAAUAACACCGGUGGUCGCAGGGGGACUUCUCUCAAGAGGUCCGGCAUCACUGUCAUGCACAGCGAUGUCAGCUGCCGGCACCGAGACCGGGAGACUUGGAACGGAGACGGAGGGCAUGAGAGCAACUCCUCGUCCGUGGCAGCGUCGGGACACAACGGAGGUCCUCCGCUGGAGCGGCUCACUCAGGCCCGGAGCGGAGUGGUGAGACUGGCCCGCCUCGAGCCUUCCCGCAGGCAGGCCUGGUCCAUCUUCCCCCAGGGGCUGGACCCCCGGGUGAGGACCGAGAGGGGUGAAGGACAUCGGUUCGAGUCUAAGCCCGUAACGCAGGACUGGUGUGACGCCUGUAGUCAUAAGAUCACAGCUCAGGCACUCAAAUGUCAAAGUAAGUCACAGUCCUCCAACGUGUUUCUCUGUAUUGAUCAGAGGAUAAGAGUUGUUUUCAUGAGUCAUCUGUUGGCUGUGUCAUCUGUCAUCCGUGCACAUCAAUACCACUAG